UAAAAGUGGAAGUGGAAGUGUAAGUGUGUAUGUGUAAUCACCUUCGAUAACCACGUGGCAGGGAAACAUGGCCCUUAGGUGUCGUUACCGGUGGACACGUGGCGUAUCUGGGUUGUUGUUUGUCAUCGUCAUCAUAAGUAGUAUGUUUUUGGUGUGUAGUCCAUCAUCAUCUUUUACUACUACUCCACAACAACAACAUAAUAUAUCGUCCUUCGACUGUACUCAAGGAGUAACAUGUGUGAGUCCUGAUUUGUCUAGCCAUCAUGAGAAAAGCUCCAAAAAAGCAGAUGAUGCUUCACGUCUUAAACGUGCUUUCAGUAUGUUGGAUGCAGGAUUCUUCAAUGACUCGAAGAUGCUUGAAAUCAAGAAGGGUGCCGAAGAGCUCAAUAUUCCUAUUAUGAAAGCGAAUAGGAAAGCAGUCGCUACCAUCAAUGGGGGAUUACGUUACCAUUCUCCAUUAGUUUUUCAUUCCAAGUGGAAACACGAAGAAGCACAGGAUGACACUAAGAGAUUUAGUUAUCCCUCAGCUACUGAUGUUACGAGGCCUAAAAAUGAAGAAGAUAUUGCUUUCAUGUCUAUUCUUGAACUAGGCCACCUUAUAAGAACAAAACAAGUCUCUUCAGUGGAGCUUGUUGAGAUCUUUUUAAAGAGGCUAAAAAGGUACAAUCCAGUGUUGGAAGCGGUUAUUACCAUCACUGAAGAUCUUGCGCACAAGCAGGCAGAACAGGCUGAUCAACUACUUGCACAAGGUGUCGACUUAGGUCCUCUUCAUGGAAUACCAUAUGGGCUAAAGGACAUCAUUUCGGUUCCUGAAUAUAAAACCACUUGGGGUUCGACUACAUUUAAAAAUCAAGUCCUUGACAUCGAGGCUUGGGUUUAUAAAAGGUUGAAGUCUGCAGGGGCAGUUCUGGUGGGGAAACUGGUUACAGGGUCAUUGGCAUAUGAUGAUAUCUGGUUCGGGGGUCGAACCAGAAACCCAUGGAACAUUGAGGAGUUUACUACUGGAUCAUCUGCUGGUCCUGCUGCCUGCACCUCGGCAGGUUUGGUUCCUUUUGCAAUUGGCUCUGAAACAGCUGGUUCAAUAACUUAUCCCGCUGCACGAUGUGGUGUGACUGCAUUAAGGCCAACUUUUGGAGCUGUUGGUCGAACCGGUGUACUGAGCUUGUCUGAGAGCUUGGACAAACUUGGUCCUUUAUGUAGAAGUGCUGUUGAUUGUGCGAUUGUUCUAGACCUAAUACGUGGUAAGGAUCCAGAUGACAUGGCAUCAAGAAAGAUUUUUGUUGAAGACCCGUUUUCUGUGGACAUCACGAAACUUACUGUUGGAUAUCUUGAUGAUGCUGAGAUGGAGGUUGUUGAUGUUCUUAUAUCUAAGGGUGUUAAAAUGGUACCGUUUAAGCUCAAUUAUACUGUCAAAUCUGCUCAAGGUAUAUUAAAUUUCACAAUGGAUGUUGACAUGCUUGCUCACUUUGACAACUGGCAAAGGUCUGGGAAAGACGAUGAGUUUGAGGCCCAAGAUCAGUGGCCGACAGAACUUCAUCGUGCACGCAUCAUACCAGCUGUAGAUUACGUGCAGGCGCAAAGAGCACGUGGAAAGCUAAUUCAAGAAGUAGGGGAUGGUUUUACGGUCGAUGCAUUCGUGGGAAACGUAACAGAUUGGGAAAAAGUUUGUGUCGGUAAUCUUGUUGGGAUGCCAGUAAUGGUUGUUCCUGUUGGUUUUAAAAAGAUCCAGGAUCCACCUACCAAUGACACUCGAAGAAAGACUACUGUGACAACAGGCAUUUAUGCUCCUCCUGACCAUGAUCACAUAGCGCUGGCAUUGACUAUGGCAUACCAAAGUGUCACCAAUCAUCAUAAACAGCGACCACCUAUAGACAAUCUUGGUCCAGAUGAUGCGAUCCCAAAUCCACCCAAGGCAAUGAUUCCUCCAAGGAUUCUUAAAGGUUAAUGUAUCAUAUUCUGUGUGUCUAUUCCUUUGUGCUUGUUGUAGCGGGGAGUUUAGCUUUGUUGCUACAUGUCCCAUAUCUAGGUCUCUUUUGAUGCUAUAUGUAUCUAUAUCUAUAUCUAUAUUGGUAGUUCGAUACUCAUUUAUGAAGCAUUUGAAGGUUCUCUUAGAUUUUGAAUUUUUAAGAACACUAAA